AUGGGCCUGGAGCCUAAUGGAAAAGGGAAUCAGGACACACCAAUGAGGCACAGCCUGAGGAGAGAGAGAGCGGCGAGAGUGCGGCGAGAGAGCGGCGAGAGAGCGGCGAGAGAGCGGCGAGAGAGCGGCGAGAGAGCGGAGGAGACGCACGGCUGGAGCGGGGAUGGUGAGCGCUGCAGCGGGAUACGAGCCGAGAACACAGAGCCACACACAACCAGAGCUCAGGACGGAGAGCUGCAGAGCACAACACAGAGACAGAGAGAAAGACUUACCAAGAAGAGUGAGGAGGAGGAGAAGGAGGAGAAGGAGGAGAAGGAGGAGGAGAGGGAGGAGGAGAGGGAGGAGGAGGAGAGGGAGGAGAAGGAGAGGGAGGAGAAGGAGGAGGAGAGGCAGGAGAAGGAGGAGAAGGAGGAGGAGGAGAGAGAGGGAGGAGGAGAGGCAGGAGAGGGAGGAGAAGGAGGAGGAGAGGCAGGAGAAGGAGGAGAAGGAGGAGGAGAAGGAGGAGGAGAGGCAGGAGAGGGAGGAGAAGGAGGAGGAGAGGCAGGAGAAGGAGGAGAAGGAGGAGGAGAAGGAGGAGGAGAGGCAGGAGAGGGAGGAGAAGGAGGAGAGAGAGAACCAGGGCGUUUGGGGACUGGAGAUGAUGGCGUGGGAGAAGGUGAAAGCUUGUUGUUCAGUGGGACCCAGGGAGAGGCGCAGAGGGGGGGGAGCUGGGGGGGUGGAGGAGGAGAGGAGGGAAAGACAGUGAUACCUUCAGGGAGGAGGAGGUGGGGAGACAGUGAUACCUUCAGGGAGGAGGAGGUGGGGAAGGAGGUUGUGGGGCUGCUGCACUGGGAGUUAGGAAGGAAUAACAAGCAACUCCAGCCUCCCCUGACUCUGGCAGACCCAUGUGGUCCUAGCCUGACUCUGGCAGACCCAUGUGGUCCUAGCCUGACUCUGGCAGACCCAUGUGGUCCUAGCCUGACUCUGGCAGACCCAUGUGGUCCUAGCCUGACUCUGGCAGACCCAUGUGGUCCUAGCCUGACUCUGGCAGACCCAUGUGGUCCUAGCCUGACUCUGGCAGACCCAUGUGGUCCUAGCCUGACUCUGGCAGACCCAUGUGGUCCUAGCCUGACUCUGGCAGACCCAUGUGGUCCUAGCCUGACUCUGGCAGACCCAUGUGGUCCUAGCCUGACUCUGGCAGACCCAUGUGGUCCUAGCCUGACUCUGGCAGACCCAUGUGGUCCUAGCCUGACUCUGGCAGACCCAUGUGGUCCUAGCCUGACUCUGGCAGACCCAUGUGGUCCUAGCCUGACUCUGGCAGACCCAUGUGGUCCUAGCCUGACUCUGGCAGACCCAUGUGGUCCUAGCCUGACUCUGGCAGACCCAUGUGGUCCUAGCCUGACUCUGGCAGACCCAUGUGGUCCUAGCCUGACUCUGCCAGACCCAUGUGGUCCUAGCCUGACUCUGGCAGACCCAUGUGGUCCUAGCCUGACUCUGCCAGACCCAUGUGGUCCUAGCCUGACUCUGGCAGACCCAUGUGGUCCUAGCCUGACUCUGGCAGACCCAUGUGGUCCUAGCCUGACUCUGGCAGACCCAUGUGGUCCUAGCCUGACUCUGGCCAGACCCAUGUGGUCCUAG